AUGGAGUUUGUUUAUAACUCAUUGAUUUCUCUGGAAAAUACCAACAAAUUUUAUAAAGAUGAUAAUGUUGAAUUAGUUAUUAGCUUUGAUGUUGAGCUCUCCUCUUUUAUUAGUAUUAUAUUAGAUGAAAAUAAUAAAGAAAACUUUGAUAAUAAAAAACAUUAUCUUGAAGUUGCCCGCUAUGUAGUAAAAUCAAUUAAAGAAGGAUAUAAUUAUAGGUGGAUUUAUAAAGACAAAAAUCAAAAAAAAAUUUUAUUAAUGGUUACUUAUCAUUGUAAUUGCUGUAUUGAUUGUGCAAAGCAUCAAGUAAAACAUCCUAAUCCAGAGGUUUAUAGAGAUACACCUAUAUGGAUUGAGCAAUAUAAUUGUGAAGGAGUUAUUAAAAUUGAAAUUUUAGUUUCUUUAAACUUAAUCAAUGUUGAAUACUCUCAUUUAAUAUUACAUCUAUGUCCAAUUCAUCUAGAAACAACACCAGAAAUUCGAGAAUUUAUUAAAAGUAAUAUUAAUUAUUUAGUUCCAGAAUUACAUUGA